UGUUCAAAACCCCACAAACAAAAAACAAUAUUAUACUCUCCUCCCCUCUGCGUGGCCUACACUUUUUCUCCCAACGUUUGCUUUUUCAUUUUAAAUUUCAAAUUCAAGUCCUAAGACAGAGAGAGAUGUCCGUCAGUCACAUGCCCGAAAUGAAAAGAAAAUAAAACGGACGGAAGAAAGAAGCACACAAGAACAAAGAUUAGAUUUUCUUUUUCUCAGGGAUUCUGUUUUUUUUUUUUUUAUUAAGUAGCUUCCUUCUCCAUUCUGCAGAACCUCUGCAACUAGAAUGGGAGAUUCGGCCUGUCUCAUGCAUGGCUUCUCUUAUGCUUCUGCCAUGCCCAAUGAAUCCAAACAGGGGAACCGCUUUCAUGUUCUUGGGGAGUCGGUCUCAUUUGGAAGGUUUAUGACUGAAUCGUUGUCAUGGGAGAGAUGGUCGACAUUUUCAUCACACAAGAAGUAUGUUGAGGAGGCACAAAGGUAUGCCCAGCCCGGAUCUGUGGCGCAGAAGAAGGCUUUCUUUGAGGCUCAUUACAAGAAAAUUGCAGCUCAAAAGGCUGCAGCAGCUUUACUUGAGCAAGAAAAUGCUGCAAAAGUUGAAGCUGAAAAAGAAGCUGAGGGAAAUGUUGAUAAUAGUGGUGGUAAUCAGCAAAGAGCCGUUUUGAAUUCUCAAUUGGUUCUUGAUGAGAAAAUGGAGGAGGAGCCCAAGAUUCAGGAUGUGAUGGAAGAUAGUGAAGCGAAUGCUAAUAAGAACGGUUCAACUGCUGUAGCAGAAAUUAGGACAGAAGAGUCAAAGGUGGAAAUAACAGGAAAUGAAGUCUUACGGGAGAGGUCUGUGAACAGAAGAAACUCUAUCAACCAGCUUGACAUUCUUGAAAAUCAGGAGACAUUUUCUGGGUCUGAGGGAAGUGGAACACCUCUGAUGGAGAGGCCUUUGCUAAAGAAUUCUGUUGCUAUUGAGGAUGUCUCGACAGCAACCAGCAAGAAAAAGUCCGGUCUUUCUUCAUUGAAGUCGUCGAUUCAACGCAAAACAUGGAAAGUUCCAUCUACACCUUCAAAGCCAGUUACUCCCCGUUGCAAGAAAGAAAACAAUGUCAUCCAAAGUACAAGGAAGUCUAGUGUGGACUCUAUAGACAAAAAGAGGCCCUCUCCCCAGUCUUUGCGCGAAUUAAUUAACUUAAUCCCUAUUAAAGAGCACGAUAAUGAGCAAUCCUCUGCAGCCAAGAAGACUGAUUCAGUGCUUGCUCCCAUUUCCUCCAGAACACCUAAAGCUUGCAGGACUCCAAUUCUGGCAUCUACAACAAAGGCUGUCUCCAACUAUCCUGCAGCUACCCCUCGAUCGGAGAACAGAAGGUUGAAAACUCCAAUUGAUCCCUCUGCCUCCGGGAGGAAAACGACUGGACCUAAAUGGCACAUUCUCUCUGCUGUUUGCUCUAAGUCAUUGACCGCCUGUCGGAACAGAUUACAGUCACCAACUUUAUCCACUCCUUUUAUUCUGAGAACAGAAGAAAGAGCUGCAAAGAGAAAACAGAAACUUGAGGAAAAAUUCAAUGCCAACGAGAUGCAAAAGGCACAGCUGCAAAAGACAUUGAAGGAGAAGGCAGGAAACGAAUUUAGGAAACUGGGUUGUGGCUUUUGCUUUAAAGCUCGCCCCCUGCCCGAUUUUUACAAGGAAAGAGAAACCUCAGUCAAUCAGAUGAAGAAGACUCCAGCUCGGGCUCAGCCAGCAGUACUAGGAAGAAACAUUUCAACCAAGACAAGAGGCACGAUCUCAAUGCCACCUCCACCUCCACCUCCAACAUCUUUGCCCAAGAAUCGUGUUUCCAAGAAUUUAUCCAACAAGAACGUUCUGAACCCAAGCAAAUCUCUUACUUCUUCAUUACCUGAAAGGACCACACACGAGAAUAGAUCCCCAAAUAUUCAGUCUUGAAUGGAGCAUCUGCAUAAUACUUUGUCUUGGCAUCAAGAUGAGGCUCUGGUGAAUUGGUUAUUUCAUGAUAUGGAAGGUGUUGUAUAUCUUAUGUAUCUUCCAGUGUUUGGUGAAAUAGGAUGUCAUUCCAGGAUUCUUCAUUCCGUUUGUUACUGUACACAAGGAUUCUUGCAACAUGUUUCUUCGAGAACAAAUGUUUUUCAAGCAACAUUGCAUGAGUUACACUUCCUCUUCUGGAGGGUGUUCUUUUAGGUGAAAAUAAUCUGCCUGAAGUCGAUUUUAGUUCGUGCACCUGUUCUUGCUGUGAAUAAUUGACUAAAUAUGUGAAGCGUGAUCCCAAACAUUAAAAUCAUUCGGGCCACCUCCCAUACACAUUAGGAAGUCAUUUCAUCUAGCGCAACAAGUAAUUCAAGAAUGCAUAUAACACCUCAGUGAACCAUUAAGUUAUUAGCAGUUGCCGAAUAAUUUGGUAUCUUGACAAACAAUAAUAAACAUGUAGAAGAAGCAAGUGGGAUUUGUUAACGG